GUAUUUAAACGUGCAGGUGAGAUUUUGUAUUUUAAAAGGGUGAGAGUCGACUCUGCCAUCUCUGUGGAGCUGACCCACACAGGUCACACGAUUUGAAUGGGGAAUGGGGCGCUUGUGCUGCAACCUAUUAUUAUUAUUAUUAUUAUUUCAAUACUUUUUGGUUGUAUCGCAUACUGUGUUUGUAAUUUCGAAUGACCUGAUGAUGGCCCUAACCUCCUAGCUACUUCUUUGACGCGGGUGUUUAUUAUUUAAAGGUCUGUCAGGUUACAAUGCGGCAGUCUGGUGCUGAGCCUCAUUCUCUAGCCUGCGACGUCAACACGACGUUUCUAUCACGUGUUUCGCAUCCAGGAAGUCAAACACGAAGCGAGAGGUUGAAGUCUUGGCAACAGUGAUCGGCGGUGACAGCAGAGUAAACAAAGAUGCUGUUGUUUUUAAAGCCGGGAACUAAAAAGCGAUGAAGAAAAGCGGUCCCGUGUGUCUGCUGAUCGCUGUUUUUCUCACCAGUUGCUGCGCCGCAGCAGACGACUUGACGUACGUCUCCGAGUUCUACUCCAAGGUGCCCCAGAAGCUCUCCAGGUACAGCUGGUACGGGAAUGUGCGACUCCUCCUCUUCAAAGUCCCGCAGGACAGCGUCUUCGUCCGGUGGCUAUUUACUGCCAGCCGGGGUGUGGGAGCAGCCUGCGCAAACACAACUGUAACAAUCCACAUUCGGGCCGGAGCCCCUCCAGUUAUUAACCCCCUAGCGACUCAGUUUUCUGAGAAUGCAGCCUUCACUCGAGCACACAACUUCACCCUGAUGUUAGGCUCCACAGGACCAAACAUGACCUUCUUCAACCUCACCAAUCCAGCAGUGGGCGACUGGUUCAUAGCUGCACAUCUUCCCAAAGAUGACGGUAAAAUUGAGCCCAAAGGCUUAUCCUCUUCAUGCUCCUACUUUUUCCAGCCCCAGAUGUUUGUGAGACGGGUGAUUGACAUGCCUGUUUUGGAGCCUGGUGUUCCUCUUCAGCAGACAGUGUCCUCCCCCAGCAAGCCCGCUGUGCUCAAAGUAUUCAUCCCUGUGUACACGGCGGAGAUGACCCUGUGGCUCGGGGGGUGCAGGACAGGGAACAGCACUGCAGACUCCUGCCCGCUCGUGCUCACCCUGGGCUCCGCUGCCCUCACCCGCUUCUCCCCGAAAACAGUCAACUGCAGCGGGCAAGCUGAGUGUCCAGCCCGGCUCCACUCCCCUCCAUGGGAGAGCUGGGUCCGAAUCACUGUGGAGAGCCUCAACAGCAACCUGUCCACCUCCUUCCAGAUCACAGCUGCUCUCACAGCUGGAUGUAAGCCUAAAAGUAGCGGAUUGUUUGGUGACUUCUUAUCCAGAUUCAGCGGUGUGAACGGCACUGGUCUUUUCAGCAACGCCACGCUGCUGGUGGACAACGCAACGGCCCUCGUCCAGCCCCAAGCCGACAGUUUGCUGCGCAGCGCCCCCUCUGGGGACUCCUGCCUGCGCAGCCAGCCCGUGUUUAAAGAAGACGUGGACGUGGUGUCUGUGCGCUUCGCUUUGAUCAACGGGCCGAACAUCAGCAUCUCUUCUCAGGCUCCCACUCUCAUCUCCUUGAAUUUAAACUCUGGAGCAGACAGUGGAGGGACGCUGGUUCUGGACCUGAGAUUAAACCAGACUUCACUUACACAUGAAAAUGCCACUGUUCUGGUCUGCGUGAAUGCUGGGUCUCCUGUACUGAGACUGAACGAAUCACAAAGCUGCACCACUGCCUUCUCUCAGGGUUAUUCUCUCAGAAUGAAUGGAACAUCCCCAGAAGCUGCCCUUCACAUCCCCUUCCCUGAGACUGCUGUCUGGUACCUCACCUUGCACACAGUGUGCCCUGCAGAUGCCAGUGCGUGUGGAAAGGUGUCGGGGACGGUGCUGACUUCCUCUGUGCUGAGUGCCUGUGUUAAUGACUGUGGCACCUAUGGAGAGUGUAGGCUGCUCCGAUCCUAUGGGUACCUGUACGCUGCCUGCACUUGUAAAGCAGGGCAGAGAGGAUGGAGCUGCAGCGAUGCCAGAGAAGCUCAGUCCUAUGCGCGGCAGAUGCUGGCUGCCCUCCUGCUGACCCUGAGUAAUCUCAUGUUCAUCCCGCCCAUCGUGGUGGCGGUGUACCGCUACCACAUCGUGGAGGCCUCUGUGUACCUCUUCACCAUGUUCUUCUCAACGUUUUACCAUGCAUGUGACCAGCCGGGCAUCACUGUAAUGUGCAUAAUGGAUUACGACACACUCCAGUACUGCGAUUUCCUUGGGUCAGUCUCGUCUAUUUGGGUGACCAUCCUCUGCAUGGCAAGGAUUAAGGAUGUCUUUAAAUAUAUGCUGUUCAUACUUGGCACUCUGGUCAUUGCCAUGUCUAUGCAACUUGAUCGACGAGGCAUGUGGAACAUGCUGGGCCCGUGCCUCUGCGCUGGUAUUGCCAUGCUAGCAGCAUGGGUUUACCGCUGCGUCCGAAGGCGCCAGUGCUACCCCACAACGUGGAAGCGCUGGCUGUUCUUCCUGCUGCCGGGGAUAGUGAGCGCAGUCAUCGGCAUUUCCUUGUACGUCUUUGCGCAGACCGAUGAGAACUACUUGUACACGCACAGCGCUUGGCACAUGCUGGUGGCGAGCAGCGUGGUCUUCCUGCUGCCUCCCAGGGAGAAGCACAAGAAGCCGUGGGGCUGGUCCCAAGAAGCCAUCUGUGGGUAUCAGAUCUGUAAGAACGAGCAAGAGGAACUCUACACUGUCCCCUAGGCUCAUGGAGGGGUGGCGGGCCUCAGAUUCCAUUCCAGGUUUUAUAGGCAUUGAUAAAUCCUUUACUCCUGAAGACCUGAAUGAAGGGUAUAGCGGUUCCACUACAUUAAUGUCAGGGUAAAGACCUGGAAUAAAAUGUCCUUAGUUGGCACCCCUGGUUUUAGACAGUGUAAAUGUGUGUAAAAACUUUGAUUCUCGCUAGACACAUUCCAAUCUCUUUGUGUCUUGUCUGAUUGUUAUCUGAGAAAUUACUGUGGAUGGUUGAAAUGCAGUUUCCUGUUUUCCUUCUUAAAGAUAGGUGCAAUGCAUUCAGUUUUAUAAGAUUUAACUGUAAAUGUCUCACAGGGUUUCAUUUGAAACACUACUGUACAUAAUGCAGAGAUAUGGAUGCAGUGCAGUUGGACCUGUUUGCCAAGUAUACAUGGAUCUGACUUUAUGCAACUGCAGUGGAUUCCCUCCGUUACAACCACUAAAAGGGGCUGAUUCAGAGAGAGCUGGGCACUAUAGAGGCAUCUCUUCAGACUUGUCCGUAUUGAAAGAGGCAGAGAGUUGAGAGCAGUGUCUUUUUAUAAGGAGAGAAGCUAGUGUAGUUAAAUAAUGUGGGAGUCCGCAGAUCGCAUAACUCCCGGCAACGUUCGUUUAAAAUCGCAACACGCUUUCUUGCCCUUGUUUGACAAGAUUCUAUUAUCUUGCAUUUAUGGUAAACGUGUUGCUGUCACAUCUGAAAUUGGGGCUUGAAGAUUGUGGACACUGCAUCAUUGUCUUCAAUAAUCAAAAAACUUAACACUUGAAUAAUCCUCUUUUAAAGCACUUUUGUACCCCCAUUUCUAAGAAACAGAUGCUGUUGUGAGUCAGUUCCGUGUGCAAUCGAGGCAGGUCGUUCCCUCCUGGCUUCGUUGUGCAUAGCUUCACACAUUAUUUAUGCCAAAAACUCAUUUAAUUGCACAGACCUGCAGAUAUAAUUGUGUGGCCUCCUCAGCGGGCUGUGGCUGAUUUUUAAUAUAAGCAAUAUUAGAUAGAAGUGUAAUAAAACGUCUCUGCACUAUAAGUAUAUUUAUUGUUGUACUGUACUGUAGGGAUCUGACAAAGCUUUUAGAGUACAGUAGCCUUAGUUCAUACUGUGGUUGGUCCUUAAAUGAAUUGUCUCCAAAGUUCAAUUUAAGCACGAGAAGUAAGAGAACUGGGGUCUUACUUUUCCUUUAAAGCCUCUUUGUUAGAGGUUUGAUAUUUGUAGUCAGUAAUAAGUGUAGUUUUGUUUUCUUUAGAAAAUGUUAAUCCGGUCUGGAAAAUGUUCCACGGUGUUAUUUGAGAUUACACUUGUUCAUUUAGAAAGUUUGGACAAUACAGGGGUACAUGUUUUGCUUUUCAGUUAUGCUGAAAUCAGUAGAAGCAUUAAAAAACACAAAACACACUGCAGGAGAAGUCUUUGUCAGUGUCCUAAUGUUUGAACAAAGACAGUAAAGACCUUUCUCCUAAAUGAUUGUCCAAGAUGUGACUUAAGUUUCUGUUUGAGGUUACAAAUUACUAAUCUUUACUGUUGCAGUGCUGAAAAAAACAAACAAAAACCCCCAAACAUAUUAAAAAUACAUUUUCUAAGAUGUAAGUAUGAAACAUAGCUCUGAUAUAUAUUAAAGGCAAUCUUGAAGUUCAGGCAAGCAGGCUGUAAGGAUGCAUCUGUCCUCCCCCCCUGCGUGCUGCUGAGGAGAAUCAGUCCUGUUCUGUAUGUAAGCUAGGUGAUGUAGUGGAAUGAAUGCACUUUUUAAAAUGUGGUUGUCUCCUGUGUUGGAUUCAGGUUCUAAGCAAUACAUCCAAGAUUUAUUUCUGCUCAGCAGUGUCUCUUUCAGCCCUGCACCUGUGUUGAUGUCUAGGAAACACCACUUGACUGUAAAGACACUGGAAUAUUUGAAUUGAUUUAUCUUGGGGGCACCCAUUCUGUAUAGGUGCUCAGGUCUCAUGUUUUAUGUCACAGGGUUUCCUUGCAUAGCUUAUUCUGUGCCCUAAAAUGAUUUUGGUCUGUCUGAGUAAUCGGACUCCUGAUGCAGGGCAGUUUGUGCUAGUCUUGGAUUUACCUUGAGCUUAAUAUAACCCAUACUAAGCAAACCUUAGAGCGAGAGAACUUAGGUGGGGCUGAAUUGGCUUCAAGUAAAACCUGAAAAGCAGCUUGGGUUCAGUCUUGUGUAAAUAAGAGGUGAUAUUUUUAAACGGGCUAUUGUGUUACACUUUGUGAUACACAACUACAGGCUCAUCCCUAUACUGUAUUCUCUUCCCUAUACUGUAUUCAUCAUGGGAGAUUGUCUCUCUUGCACUUUCAUACUCCAGACCUGAGUUCCGAAGUACUGUUAAAUUCUGACUAUGCAUUUUAUAAAACCUAGUCAUGAAUUGUACUCUGCGCUGUAUGUUGUUGUUGCAAGUCCUGUUGUGUUUUUUGUAUUAUUCUGGUUAUGUGUUUGUUUGUAUAUGUAAUAUAUGUAUAUAUGUUCAUGUUGAUUUAAAAAACAAAAAACACUUGGUGAUGGGUAUAUAAUCUAUUCUAGGAAAUCUGGGAAAAUAAAUAAAUGAUGAGACAA